GGACGACCAGCCAUCCAUCCCCGACGACGCUUUCCCAUACCAGCCCAAUUGAGCGUGGUCGAGAAGAACCAGAGACGAUGUUCCUCGCCAGGCGGUCGGCUGCCCCGGCGCGGACCUUACUUCGACGUCAUCAACCGUUCCGCUCUGCCCACGGUGAGGCCCAUCAUGCCGAACCAGUGAACGAAUAUUUCGGCCGCGGCUUCUAUCUCGCAAUUGCAUCCGUGCCCGUCGGCAUCGCUAUCUACAAAUAUUCCACGUCAGAUUCUAAACACACGCCGUGGAUCACCCGCCUCAUUGAGGAGUAUACCCCCAACGAGAGCCUCUGGGAGAAACGAAAUGCUCUCCAUACGCUGGCCAUGGAGAAGGCUGCUGCCGAUCGACAUCUGUUCCACAGUCAAAACCCUCCGUUGACCCUUGAGCUUCGCUGUCCUGAGAUUUUUAACUCCGGCUCGCCAAUCAACAUGCCCGCCGGAAACUCUUCCGGAAAUCUACAAGCGGUCGUUGCGCAUUACCAGCAGAGACAAAGGGCCCAGGAGGAGAGUAGGGUAGCCCGGAUGGAAAACGGAAAAGUCCAGUCGAUGUAUGAUGAUGGCAGAUACUUUUGAAUUGAACGGCGAAUUAGAUGCAUAUACUGUAUAUAUUGUGCUCUUAACCCUCGGGUUUGUCUUUUACCGUCUAGUUUGCAGCACCAGGUUUGUGCAGGGGCCAAAGCCAAAACUUGUGACUCAAAUUCCUGCACAAAAUUCCUGCAUGGCGUGCUAGGGGCAUCGCUAGAGAUCAUGCCACUUGCAGAUUCCUUAUAGGUUUCCAGCAGCACGAAGACAAGGGGCAGCGGAUCAUUAAGUUCCGCCCAUGUAUGUACAUACAUCCAUACAUACAUGCCUCUCUGCAUACAGCUCUGUUUCUGCAGCCCAAA